UGAUCAACACACUCUCAAUCGGAAGAGAGACCUUCAACUAUUUUAUUUUAUUUUAUUUUAUUUCGUUUCCGUCUUCCUCCCCUUUCUCGUUCGUGAUAACAACUUUGCGAAAAUCUUACUCCAUCUUACGAUAAUACUAAUCCCUAUCUGGGUUUAUCUGGGUUGUAUCGAUACCUAUUCCCUCAAACCAUCUGCCCCGACCGCCUUUGAUCUCAAACCCUCUUCCGGAUUCGUAUCUAAGACAACCUAAUCUAAGAAAUUGUGUCUUGGCUCUAGUUUCUCCUGGAAACGAAACAGUGUCUUAACAAGUGUAAAAAACAGCUCCUUGUCAACCAUCUUUAUUGACACCACCAGUAACAUCUACGCACUUCAAUCAGGCCUGGCCGGUCAAUAGUAUCCAAGAUGGCGCGUUCAAACGCAUAUCUCGCGCCUCUCUCCCUCAUCUUCCUCGCCGGCUCCCUAGUGAUGCUGUUCUUCGUGAUCCUAUCAGCCGUCACCGAUACAUCGCCCCUAAGACAAACCUACUUCCUCUCGGCCCAGACCGGCGGCAUAACGGGCGCCCGCUCCGUCACCCAGUGGACCUACUUCUACAUCUGCGGUGAAGGCAACACCGACUGUAGCGGCGCAUGGCCUGCCCCUCCGCUGGGUUGGGCCUGGUCCGCAAACCCGGCUAAUGCGCCCUCUUCUCUGACCGGUGCCCAUGGUGGCGAUACUACGAGCUCCUACUACUUCUACAUGUGGCGGUUCGGCUGGGUCUUCUUCUUGAUCGCGCUCGUGUUCUCCGUACUUGCCUUCUUCGCAGGCUUCGUGGCAUGCUGCGGACGCUUAGGCUCAGCCAUCGCAGGACUAGGAGCUCUCGUCGCCUUGUUCUUCCACACCAUCGCCGUGUCGCUGAUGACAGCUGUCUUCGUUAAGAUGCGUAAUGCGUUCAUUGCGAGCGGCCGUGAUGCUAGCCUCGGUCGAUGGGCCUUCGGCUUUACCUGGGGUAGCUGGGCCGCCUUACUGAUCGCCACGAUACUCUUCUGUCUGGGUAUCCGCGGUAGCAACGGUGAGAGUCACACCGGUCGUAGAUGGGGCCGUCAGAGGAGUGUGCGGAGCCACCGAAGCUACGACAUGAACGGCCGACGUGUUAAGGAGGAGUACGCCUAAGUAAGAGUUUCGGGGGUUGUAGCAACCUAACUAUGAAAAAUGAACUAUAUCAAGAAACAAAAAUUCUACAUGCGAAAAGGGGGAAGGAAAAUCAAGAAAAACAAAUUGCGCCAGAUGAAGCAGUAUGAAUGGACGGAUGGAGAUUUUGAGAGUACCACUUCACGCCUCAAGUUUUACGCGUUUUACACGAAGCUUGGCAUAAUGGAUAAUAACGACGAUAAUGACCGACGCAAAGUCACAUACGAGGUACCGUGAGCAAGGAUACGGAGGAAUAGCAAGGAACAGACCAGCAGACAGAGACGAUGGAUGGAUGGACAGUGGAGAAUAUAAUAAUUGAGAUGCCACAGCCAUAAGUUGCGCCUAUGCUCUAUGUAUGCUACAGGUACUUUUGUGCUUACUCGGUCGUUAUGGUAGAUGAUUAAUUGAUUGAGACUAUCUGGCCAGCUUGCAGGCUUGAGUUACAUCGUGAGGGGGAAAUACUUGUGAUGUUAUUGUGGAAAGGAUGUUGACUACAGGUGAUUGAGAGAUGAUCGUGUUUCAUAUAGCUAGAGCUUACUGGUUCUCGAACGCCGUGUCUACAGUAUCACAGAUGCCUACUAAUUGAACAAUAUGUCAACAAUCUGUCAA